AUGGCUAAUCUCCGUGCAGUCGACCAUUUUGAAGACAAGGAGGAUGACCACAGCACGAGGAAGCACCCAUACAACACUGAAUGUGUUGGCGACAAUAUUGAAGACAAGAAGGAUGACCAUAGCACUGGGAAGCGCCCUCAAACCAGUCAAUUUAAGCAAAUUGCUGAUGUUUAUGCUAAACUAGUGGAGGAUGCUCAUCGUUACCAUUCUGAUGGUCAUCCUGUCCGCAUUUUGCCUGCCGAUUUUGCUGCUAAGAAACGGGAUGAUCGUAUUCCAAGAGGCUAUACCUCUUCAUCCCGUGAUAGUCUUCGCGAGGGAUAUGGAAUGGUUUGUAAACGCUGUUGGGUUCCAAAUUGUCGCACCGGUCGCUAUAACGUUCCUAUGUUGAUGAACUGUUACUACUGUAAAGAGCAUGGUAAACAUUUCUCGUAUGAUUGCCCUUCAUAUCGUGGUCCGACAAUGGCCGACCACCUCAGCUGCUUCAAUUGGAAGAAAGCGGAUCCAAGUCGUGUUAAGAGAUUUUCGGCUCUACGAAAUAGAUCUAACAGUGAUAAAAAAAAAUAA